AGAUAUACCAGUUCUCUUGUAUGUCGGAACCUUUUUGCGGUUAUACCUUCCGUUUUUGUUGGGUCUGAACUUUUACUUUUCCCGCCCUUCGGAAGUCUUCUAGCCGCCCGACCACAUCCAGGUCUAGUUAAAUCAGUAGUGAGUAAGUUUGUGUUCCUAUAUAUACACGUAUAUACAGGACUGUGACAGUAGAAGAAUCAUAGGACGCUAUAGCAAAGAUGAAGACGACGAAAAUGCUGAUGACAUGCCGGUGGGUUCUCCUCCUCGUGGUGUUGGAACGGACGGUGUUGGAGGCGGCGCCGGCGGGCAGGGUCACACGGUCCGAGGAGGACGCGCCGACGUCCACCUCAGCAAGGCAGGCGGCCAGACGGAGGCAUAACUGCAUGCCUCCGUGGAGCCGUCAGUGUCAAACCAGCGACCUCAUCAUCUUCAAGAGAAGCCUGGAGGAGCAGGACCUCCCGAGGAUAGCAGCUGUCUCAUCGGACAGCAACAGCAAUGCAGCAGCUGUCUCAUCCGAGGCUGACAGCACCAACAGUUCAGUAGAGAGCAGUGGACGGCAAGAAAACACACCAGCGUCACUAAGAUAA